AGUUGCAUUAUUCUCCGUUGGGUGUGUAGACAGCACCCAGAAAAGAAGGAAAAUGCCGUGUCCAAGUACGAACCCAAAGAAACGAUGUUAUUCCCGUCGAAAGUCCAGCAAAGCGCAUUGCCGACUGCUCCGGAAGAAACGACGACUCAAGGCUCAUGCGACAAUUGGUGACAACCAAGCUGACACUCUGCAGCUGUCUGAUGGUGCCUUGGAGGAAUCACCGUUCACACGUGACCUAUCCGUGGCCAGUGAUUGCAAGGAAGUAGAGGGAUCGGAGCACCGCCCUUUAGAGGCAUCGCCAGGUACUCUGUACAGCAUUGCCAAUGACAUAGCCCAGGAUCCUCAGACAUCACAUCCUGAAUCUGCAUUUUGUUCUGCGGGUGAGGAAGAUCUGCCGGACCUUCCCGUGGAAGUGAACCCUCCUGUACAACAUGAAGAGGACAGAAUUCUGGGUCGGAGGCUAAUUUCCCCAGCACAUUUCAUCAAGAGUUUCCGUGAGAUGGCGGAGUACGUUUGUCCAGAGAUAUUUGGAGAGCAGUUCACAUUUCAGAAGGAAAGGAAGGUUGGGCUGUGGUCUGAGUUUACGUACAAGUGCAGUGGGUGUGGCCAAGUGAAGAAGAUCACUACUGACCCUGUUCUGGAACCCACAUCUCUGGUGGCUGAAGAAAAGAUGAUGGGAGUCAAUGAUGCUGCUGUCUGGGCCUUCAUAACCAUUGGAUCUGGAUUUUCCAACUUUGAGGAAUCGUUUUCAGUGCUAGGUGUGCCCAAAAUGAGCAAGGGAGCAUUCCUGAGAAGAGAGGAAGCACUGGGAGAGCACUGGGAGGCAAUUCUCAUGAAGUCCAUCAUCCUUGCUGGGAAGGAGGAAAAGGAGCUUGCACUAGAAGCUGGGGAUGUUUGUGAAGAUGGGACAACGGCGCACACUAAGAUCACCACUGUGGUGCCAACUUUUCCUUGCAACUUUCCACAGGGACAGCCAUUGGAUGUGAUGCGGUUCAACUCGGCUUGGAUAUUAUCUUGGACAAUAUAUGCUCUUACCAAACUCUGA